ACCAUCUCCACAGAGGCUGAGUUGCUGGAGCCGUGCUAGGGCAGGGGGAGAAAGCCGAGCCAGGCUCAGCCUAGCUCACCCAUAGGGCCCACUACACUUCGCAAGAAGAUGGCAGCCUGGGCGUCGGAGUCACCUCCUGGGCAGCCUACGAGGUGAGGGGCCCUGAGGAGCAUGGGACAGGUGAUGGGAAUCCUGGAGCCAGAGGCUCCAUUUCCGCUCCCCUUAUAGCAACCCCAGUGAAGCCUGAGCGUUCAGAUGGCCAGCAGCUCGGGGCUAAGCGUCACCGAACUCGCGGGCUCGGUGGGGUUUAUCCUGGCGGUUCUCGUAGAGGUGGGGGCCGUGCUGGGCAACGGCACUCUGCUCGUGGUGGUGCUGCGCACGCCGGACCUGCAAGAUGCCUUCUACCUGGCGCACUUGUGUGUUGUGGACCUGCUGGCGGCCGCCUCCAUCAUGCCUCUGGGCCUGCUGGCUGCGCCGCCCGGGCUGGGAAGUGUACCCCUGGACCCCUCGUCGUGCCGGGCGGCGCGUUUCCUCUCUGCAGCACUGCUUCCCGCCUGCACGCUCGGCGUGGCCGCUCUCGGCCUGGCGCGCUACCGCCUCAUAGUGCACCCGCUGCGGCCAGGCGCGCGCCCGGCGCCCGCGCUGGUGCUCACCGCGGUGUGGUCCGCGGCCGCGCUCCUGGGCGCACUCUCCUUGCUCGGGCCACCGCCCGCGCCACCUCCAGCUCCGGCUCGCUGCUCCGUCCUGGCCGGGGGGCUCGGGCCCUUCCGGCCACUUUGGGCGAUGCUAGCCUUCGCGCUCCCUGCCCUUCUGCUGCUGGCCGCCUACGGUAGCAUCUUCCUGGUGGCGCGGCGCGCCGCUCUCCGGCCCCCGCGCGGUACCCGGCCCCGCUCCGACUCUCUGGACAGCCGCCUCUCCUUCUUGCCCUCCCUCCGGCCACGUCUGCCUGGGGGCAAGGCGGCCCUGGCCCCAGCCUUGGCCGUGGGCCAGUUUGCAGCCUGCUGGCUGCCUUAUGCCUGCGCGUGUUUGGCGCCCGCGGCUCGCGCCGCAGCGGCCGAGGCUGCUGUCACCUGGGUAGCCUACUCCGCCUUCGCGGCUCACCCCUUUCUCUAUGGUCUGCUGCAGCGCCCGGUGCGCCUGGCGCUGGGCCGCCUCACCCGCGGAGUACUACCUCGGGCCCCGAAAGCUUGCACACCGCAAGCCUGGGACCUGCGGACACUCCUUCAGCGCCUCCAGGGACUCUGCAAGGACCCUGCCCUAGGCCCCUCGGAGGCACCAGAACAGAACCGAGAAUUGGCUGGACAGAGCCCGAGAGUGUCAGAGGCCACCUGAGAUUUCUCCUGAGUUGGGCUAAGGAGGGCGGGGUCAUAGGGCACAUCUACCCCCUGCUCAGGUUGUGGCAGGUACUCUGCACGCACUAAUGGCUCUGAAGUGGCAGAGGGGGUGGUACUUAGCUGGUAAGGCUUCUUAGGAACCUGAUUCUGGGCAGAAGACUACCUGUCUUGUACUCAAUCCUACCUUUUCAGGGGCCUCACUGUUCCCAUCUGUAUGCUGCACCAUCAUAACUGAGGACCCCUCCAGUGUAGGCCUUUUGAACUCAUGAAUACUCACUCCCUGGUGCAGAGAGGAGAAAGGCAGGCAUGGUUAAAAAAAAAAAAAUAAGAAGAGGGUCCUAAGAGCUCACAGCCAGAAGGAUGAGCCAAGCUGGACGGGGUCGGGGUUUCACCACAGCAGGAGGAACCAGUGGAGAGGCGUGCAGAGUUCCCUGCCAUCUGUACCAUGGAGAAGCUGGUCUGUUCGAUUCAACCUCAUCACCCAAGCUGCUCAGAAAACUACCUGAUUGGUCUGGUGCUAAAGGCAGGAGAUUGAACACCGCCCCACCCAAAGGGCCCUGUGGUUUCACCCCAGAAUGGACAGAAUGGAAAGGACUGUGGGUCAAAGACAGCUGGCGGAUUCAGACUGGGAUUCUUUGGGGUUUCAGUUACAUCCCUUCCCUGGAAGUUUUGUUACCCCAACACUAGUAUUAUUUCACGGCUUUCUGGUCGCUGAGAAUAUUUAUUCAAAAACGGGGAUUGAAAAAAACUGUA